AAUAUUUGUGAAAAUUUUCUAAGAAUGUAGGAGUGAUUAAAUUAGGACUACUUUAGGGCAAAAAACACAAAGAUUUAAAAUGUCAGGGCUGAGUAAUAUCAUUUCUAGGCAGAUAGCAAAGGAUGGAUGUAGGAUAGGAUGUAACGUUACUCAAGUUAGGGCGAGUUCGUCAUCAGCUAAGCAGCGGUAUUGUUGCAAUUAUGAAGACGUUAAAAGUGCGAUGAGGGCCAUCAAGCCUUACAUUCACAGGACUGGGAUGUUUUCGUCGUCUUAUUUCAACGAUUUAGCAGGAAGGAAGAUGGUUUUCAAAGGUGAAAAUCUACAAAAGACCGGAUCUUUUAAAAUCAGGGGGGCUACAAACGCUAUUCUCAAGUUAAAAGAAAAAUCAGUGAAACCAACAUGCGUUCUAACACACAGUAGUGGCAACCACGGACAGGCGCUAGCCAAAGCAGCUCGCAUAUUGAACAUUCCCUGUUAUGUAGUGAUGCCAGAAUCUUCAUCGUUCUGUAAAGUUGAAGCCGUCAGAGAAUAUGGCGGGAAAGUCGUCUUCUGUCCUUCAACACAGAAAGGUCGGAGUGAAGUCGGUGCUCGAAUCAUCAAAGAACAUUCAGGAGUUUUUAUCCACCCCAGCCAAAAUCCCGAUGUAAUAGCGGGACAGGGGACCAUAGGUAUUGAGAUACUGGAACAAGACCGUUAUGUGGACACUAUAGUCGUCCCUGUCGGCGGUGGUGGGAUGAUAAGUGGUAUUGCCAUCGCGGCAAAAGCAAUAAACCCUGCGGUAAAAAUAAUCGCCGCAGAACCUGACACCGCUAACGAUUGUGAAAUUUCGAAGCAGAAAGGUGAAUUAACCCAAAUGACGGACUACUCUUCGACCGUAGCUGACGGAGCAAGGGUUAAUAUUGAUACAUUGACGUGGCCAAUCAUCCGUGACCUUGUUGAUGACGUCAUAACCGUUUCUGAAGACGAAAUUAAAUCUGCAACGAGACAAGUUUGGGAAAGAUUGAAAUUAGUUAUCGAGCCUACUUCAGGUGUGGCCGUGGCUGCUGUGUUGUCGAAAAAGUUUUCCCGGAUUGAGGGUAAACAUGUUGCUGUUGUGCUUUGUGGAGGAAAUAUUGAUUUGAGUAGUUUUAUGUUGUAUUGUGUAUAAUAAUAAAUGAAAUAUAUAUAUGACGAAACUUGUG